AUGGUUUCACUGAAAAGUGAUAUUUUAAAGACUAAAUGGGCAAGUUUGAGAGAUACGUUUAGGAAAGAAUUUAAAAAAUUAAAACGUCCCACAGGAUCAGGAUUAGAGGAAGAAAUGGUUGAAUCACAGUGGAAAUAUUUUGAGUCGUUAUAUUUUUUAAAGGAUAAUAUAACUCCUAGAAAAAUGGUAGGAAACAUAGUAGAACAAUCAAAAACUCAUACUGAUGAACAAGAGAGCUUUCCAAAUUCACCAUGUAAUUCAUCCAUUGAUAUCGUGAAUGAUUUUGAUGAAACAAGUUUUUCUGAAAAACGUACCGAAAAUUCAUCGUCUGGUAUCUUAUCUUUUGAAGCAGAACCAUCAUCAAAAAAAAGAAGGGAAGAAAUGAUGUGA